AUGAUGGAACAGACGCGAGGCUUUCAGUCUGGCGCCUCGACACCUCUACUCACGGAGGAGAUGAACAACGACAUCCAGGAAAUACCAAGCUCGAGUUGGGACACAUCUGCUAGUUCUCGGGACGAUUCAUCGGAGCAGACAACCUCGGAUACCCCAAGAUCGUUGAAGAGAAAGCGGAAUGACGAGUCUGGGACCUCCGUUGAGGCUGUGACUGCGACGGCAGAUGCAUUCUUGGAACGACUUAGCUCCACUAGUAUACCGGACGAAGAAAUCUCGUCCUACAAUGCUCUGACAAAAGUCAAAAGCCAACCACUAUCUCCGCGGGGCGAGAAUGUGUCCCGCGCAUGGGAGAUGUGUAUUAGCUUCGCUCGCCGCUCGAGCCAGAAGCUCAAAUAUGGCCGGUUUCUGCGUUUCCUGUCCCUUUGCUUCUUCUUGAUUUGGGAGAGAUACUCCGAUAAGCAAGGGAAGAGUGCGGCUCGUGAGGUAAACGCCAAAAUGCGAGAAGCUGGCUUCACCGGUCACUCCAGAGGCCUCAAGACAAUGCGCGACGAGACAACUCUCAUCAACAGAAUGGUCGCGUCCAUACAAGAAAGCUGCGGUCCUAAACAAGCCGCAACUCUAUAUCACGUCGUAUUCGGUAGGCGGAUCAAGCAUUGA